AAGGGAUGAAGAGCGAGGGUGAGGGUGGAAGACGCGGACUAGGAUGAGGGUCAUGUGGGGGCCGGAGGUGCACGAGAGUGAAAUGAGACUGAGGACGAAAUGGAGAGAGUAAAGACUUGACUGGAGACCAUCUCACCCCAGCCUAGCUGCGAGCCCCCCGGAAUGCACUGGGCAUGGCCUCUGGAGCCCCACAGAACAGCAGCCGGAUGGCUUGUGACAGCGAGAUCCCAGGCUUCCUGGAUGCACUCCUCCGAGACUUCCCAGCCCCACUGAGCCUGGAGAGCCCUUUGCCGUGGAAGGUCCCAGGGACAGUCCUGAGCCAGGAAGAGGUGGAGGCUGAGCUGACUGAGCUGGCCAUGGGCUUCCUGGGCAGCAGGAAUGCCCCCCCAUCGUUUGCUGCGGCUAUGACCCACGAGGCGGUGUCCCAGCUGCUACGGACAGACCUUUCUGAAUUUAGGAGGUUGCCUGAAGAGGAGGAAGAAGAGGAGGAGGAGGAGGAGGAGGAGAAAGACGAGAAAGCCCUCGUGACCUUACUAGAUGCCAAAAGCCUAGCACGGAGCUUCUUUAACUGGCUUUGGGAAGUGUGGAGCCGGUGGCAGAAGCAGGUGCCAAUGACUGCCCAGGCCCCUCAGCGGCAGUGGCUGGUUUCUAUCCAUGCCAUCCGGAACACACGACGCAAGAUGGAGGAUCGACACGUGUCCCUUCCUGCUUUCAACCAGCUCUUCGGCUUGUCUGACUCUGUGCCCCGCGCCUACUUUGCUGUGUUCGAUGGUCACGGAGGCACGGACGCAGCAAGGUAUGCCUCUGUCCACGUGCACACCAAUGCCUCUCACCAGCCGGAGCUGCUCACAGACCCUGCAGCGGCGCUCAAAGAGGCCUUCCGGUGCACCGAUAACAUGUUCCUCCAGAAAGCCAAGCGAGAGCGACUGCAGAGCGGUACCACAGGAGUGUGUGCACUCGUCGCAGGAGCAGCCCUGCACGUGGCCUGGCUUGGAGACUCCCAGGUCAUCCUGGUACAGCAAGGCCAGGUAGUGAAGCUGAUGGAGCCACACAGGCCAGAGCGACAGGAUGAAAAAGCACGUAUUGAAGCACUGGGUGGCUUUGUUUCCCUCAUGGACUGCUGGAGAGUCAACGGGACCCUGGCAGUGUCCAGAGCCAUUGGGGAUGUCUUCCAGAAGCCCUAUGUGUCUGGAGAGGCAGAUGCAGCAUCCAGAGAGCUGACGGGCUCAGAGGACUACCUGUUGCUUGCCUGUGAUGGUUUCUUCGAUGUCGUCCCCCACCAUGAAGUCACGGGUCUCGUCCGUGACCACUUGCUCAAGCACAAGGGCGGUGGGAUGCAUGUUGCUGAGGAGCUGGUGGCUGCUGCCCGUGACCGGGGCUCCCAUGACAACAUUACUGUCAUGGUGGUCUUCCUUAGGGACCCCCUGGAGCUGCUGGAGGGUGGAGUCCAGGGGACAGGGGAUGCCCAGGCAGAUGUAGGAAGCAAGAACUUGUCCACUGGCCUCUCAGAACUUGAGAUCAAUACCUCACAGAGAAGCUAAGUGGUCCAGGCCUCCAGGCCGCAUCCGGACUCUCCCUCUGCCCUUGUGAUCCUCCCCUUCAAAGACCUUAGAUCCAACAGGUAUAGUGGGCAGGGGUGCACACCCACACAGCCUUCCCUUAGCGCCCCAGCCCUUCAUGUUGCCUGCCACAGCCUGUCCUCGUGGCUGCAGAACUGCAAUAGGCAGCAAGUGGGUCUCAAAAGGAAGCAUAGGAAAACGGCCUCACCAAAGAGUGAUGGCUGAGGUGACCAUGGCAGGACAGGUCUGGGAACAGAAACCACAGGCACCUGCUGGCAGCCUAACCAAAAACACAGGUCAGGUCUUGGGGGAGCCUCACACAGAUCCUGGAGUGACAUCUGCAGCCAGGUGUCCAGCCCAGGCUUGUGACUUCUCAUUGUGCCCAAGGCUGGGAGGGUUUGGCCUGUACUAACACACAAGCUUGCCGUCCUGCUUGACUUCCCAAAGAGGAGACAGUGGUCUUGCUGGGAGGCGCACCAGGAGAGUGAGCCACUGCCACUCCACUCUUAGCUGAGUACCAAGGCCACCAGGGCUUUCUAGACUCGCUCUUUCCCUUGAGCUUCUUGGGGUGGUUAAGUCAGACUUGUGUGUCUUUGUUUGUGUGCUUAGAUUUAUUGCAGGGAAUGGUCUAAUCCAGAAUCAGUAUUCAGGCUUUGUCAUGUAUCAGUGCCAAGGUGACCCACAAGGUCAUGUAACUUAAGCAAAGCUUAGCAUUUAUUUUAUUCCUGAAAACUUAAGUAUUUUACUUUUUUGUGUGUUCGUGGAGACAUUUGCAGUAUUACUGAUUAUUUUUCCUAAAUCAGGAUGGGAACAAAUUUUUCCAGGUUAUGUUAAUAAGCCAUUUAAGUGCCUUAAACAGCUUCGGUGUGGAUGAGAUUUGCUGGGCCCAUCAUGGAUCCUGACAGGCAGACAUGUUGAGGUUCUCAGAAAGGCAGCAUUUGCUGUGGGAAGGCAUGCUUUGAACCAGCACGCUUUCUGGGAAGUCCUUUUGUGCUUCUGGGUGCCUCAGAACUUCCUUGAAAUGACGGGUAGAGGCUGUGACGAUGGGCCCCUGGGGUGACACUGGCCUCCUUGCCCACCCUCGGAGUCUGGCUGGAUCCCAGCUAAGAGAACCUUACUGCUAGAAGACGGAGACUCUUAGUGUGUUUACAGUUAUGUUGAUGCAGUUGUUGAGGACAGUGCUUAGGUGAGGAACUUUGGCAAGCCCAUAGUCCACCAUCGUUCUCCUGUGGCUGGUGUCCUAUCCUGCUAGACUCUGUCCUGACCUGAGCAACAUGAAAGACCUCCAUAUCCCUAGAGCAAUGAUGUAUAAAAUCAAGCAAGGAAACCAGGCUGGGGGUAGGGGGUACCCAGAGUAGAAGGACUAAGGAGGCCUUCAACUGCUCUGUGUAGGGCCAGAGGGUAAUGGGUGGCUUAGCAGAGGCUCAGAGAAGCAGCAGUCGGGAGAAGGGUGUCUGUGAGGUCCCCAUGAAGGAGACAGUCCACCAGAGAGUGCAAGCCCUAGCAAGACUUGCAGAGCUUUGCUCAGUGCACCAAGCCCUCUUUGACAGAAGCAAGGGCGCUCAUGCCUUCUCCCUUGAGACCAGUCCAAUUCCAGCAGGAGGAGAGCGAGCCAGUCAGAUGUGAUGCGCACACCGCCUGUACGCUUCGCACUUACCCAUUCCCACAGCAGGGAUGGAGGAACUGGGGCCAUGUAGUUGAUUCCUUGGUCAAGUCUCCUGACAGGAACUGCUCACUCAGAUGAUUGCCCACCAUAGUAAAUAGAUAGGCAGUCGUUGGUCCAGCCUGCCUGUAGCAGUGACCUUGACAGAGGGAGAUAGUGAUUUUGGUUUUCUCCCAUUUUUGCUAAUCUGUUCAUUGCUGGUGAGAGUGGGAUUUGGGCCUCCUUGGUGGCCUGGAUUCAUACUCAUGUGUAAAGUUGUGCCAAACAUCAAGGCCUCCGUGUAAAGGGAAGCCCCUUUCUCAGGCUUGGCUGAGUGCCUCCCCCACUGCUCCCCUGCCUGGUCGUGGUCUGGGACCCAACAUCAGGCACUGCUCCAUUCUGAUCUUGUGGCCAAGGGAGACCACAUUCUCCCACUGUUGAAGGCUGUCCUUGUGUUCAUUCCUAGGCACAGAGAAGGACGCUUUUGUCUUGACUGGAGUUGCCAGUACCAAGCCUGUAAGACUUCUUGACCAUCUCCUCUUUAGACUCUCAUCCCAAAAGAAUCCCAUAGCCAGAGUGACUCCCUGCUUUGUCACCAUCACAUUGUGAGCAGAACCAGUCACUGUACCUCUCAGCCGCAGGUACCCUUUAGGGGCAGGCAUGGAGGGCAGCACUACCAGGAGCUGCCAGAGCAGGGGAGCCCAUCCUCCACCAACAGCAGCAAGGGUUAAGGAUUAUUAGUGUCUAUUCUUAAAAUUAAGUGGGCUGGAAAAGAGCUGAGCUACAGGCGCCAGUGCCUUCCAUGGAUGCAAAAGCUGAAGCAGUCAGCCUGCCUUUGCAGGUACAGCCGCCUCCCAGCUAAGGCCUGGAGGCGGAGGAGGUGGGAGGGCGGAGCAGGCUUUCGGGAGUGUUGAAGCGAGGUAUCUGCAGCACAGUGUUGGGAGUCGCAGAACUCAUGGUGGGAGAUGGCACCAGCACCUAGGGGUCUUCAAAGCCCUGUCAUUCACCAGGAUCUGUCUGCCCCUGCCCUUCUGGGUUCUGCAUGCAGUGCCCCCCUCUCCUGAAGAGAAGUUUCAGAGUGGGUGUCCUGGCUACCUCAGCUGUAUUCUCAGAGCCAGAAGGAUGGCUCUGGCCAUACUGUACGGAAGCUAGGCCAAUUUGUGUGAAGCAAGCUGGGCUUCUGGUUUGGCUCGGCCUUUGUGGACGCCUCCAGGAACCGUCUUACAGAGUCCUGUGUCUUCACUGGACUUUGGCUUUACCAAACAUGCCAAGCUUUGCCAUUUACCUGCCAUGUCGGCCUUGCCACGGCUCAUUUCUGGGGGCUUCCUGGGAGUCUUGUUCUAAGAUACCAUGUUUCUUUAGUCUGAGGGACAAGUCCCAAGGUGAUGAGGUCAUAGGACAGUCUUCCCCUGGGGCCCCUGUACUGGUGUCAAUAAACCAUAUAUUCAAGA